ACAUUGGACUACUGACCACACAGAAUGCUGAAGCUGAUACUGCUGGCAACCGUGCUCGCCGUCGCUGCGGCACAGACGGCGGUCAACCAGUUUCCAGAAGGUUUCCUUCUAGGGGCUGCCACUGCAGCUUACCAGAUCGAAGGAGGCUGGAAUGAGGACGGCAAGGGAGAGAAUAUCUGGGACCACAUGCUCCACGAACACCCGGAGUAUGGUACAAAUGGUAACAACGGCGACGUGGCCUGCGACUCGUACCACAAGUACCAGGAGGACGUGCAGAUGCUGAAGGCGCUCAACGCGAACGUGUAUCGCUUCUCCAUCUCUUGGGCACGCAUCCUGCCCACUGGAGACGUUGACGUCAUCAACCAGCCAGGCAUCGAGUACUACAACAACCUCAUCAACGAGCUGCUCGCGAACGGAAUCCAGCCCAUGGUGACGAUGUAUCACUGGGACCUACCGCAAGCACUGCAGUACAUCGGAGGAUGGCCAAACCCGCUCCUCGCCGACUACUUCGUGGAGUACGCCAGAGUGCUGUUUGAAAACUUUGGAGACAGGGUGAAAUGGUGGAUCACUUUCAACGAACCGGCCAGUUUCACCGGUGGCUACGGCUCUUCUGGUCUUCAGGCGCCCUCGCAGAACGCGUCUGGCAUCGGUGACUACCUGGCCACACACACUGUUCUCAGGGCCCAUGGGCUAGUAUAUCACCUCUACGAUGAACAGUACAGAGCCACGCAGAACGGUAGCGUAGGAAUCACGCUCAAUAUUGCGGGAACAGAACCAUUAACAAAUUCGACGGAAGACUUAGAAGCUGUUGAGAGAAGCCUUCAGUUCGAAGCGGGCCACUACGCACACCCCAUCUUCAGCCAGGACGGGGAUUACCCAGCCAUAAUGCGUGAGAGGGUGGACGCCAACAGCGCAGCAGAGGGACGACCCCGCUCGCGGUUGCCAACUUUCACUCAGGAAGAGAUAGCAUACCUUAGAGGUUCGUCUGAUUUUUUCGGAGUGAAUCAUUACUACACGAACAUUGUGACAUCAGGGGAAUCUGGAAUAUCUCCAUCCAAGACAAGAGAUUCCGGCAUUGUCAGCACCGCUAUUCGGCCAUACCCGUGGGCGUUCCGCAACAUACUGAACUGGAUUGCUAAUGAAUACCCGGGUUAUCCAAUCAUUGUCACCGAAAACGGCUUUGCAGCACUUGGUUAUGGUGGUCUGAAUGACACCUAUAGAAUCAUUUAUUACAGGGCUUACUUGACGGCGCUUCUACAAGCUGUCAACACUGAUGGCGUUCCACUAAUCGGCUACACUGCCUGGAGUCUCAUGGACAACUUGGAAUGGAACAGUGGUUUCACCGUAAAAUAUGGACUGUACGAGGUGGAUUUCGACAGCCCGAACAGAACCAGGACGCCGAAGGAUUCAGUUGCUUUCCUGUCGCAGGUCUAUGGGAGCAGAGAAGUUCCUCAGGAUUACUUCUACUAAACUGUGCUUUCAACUGGUUACCAUAACUUUGCCUGGCCUCUUUUUUUUGUAUGGUGAUCUGUACUGAAGAAAUAAAGGACUUUCAUCACCGCUGUUAA